AUGUUGACAACACAUCAAAGCAUGGCUAUAGCACCUGCUCGUGUUCAAACUCAACAGCCACAGGCUUAUUUUCGUCCAAUAAAUAAUAGUUUUAAUUUAUUACCCAGUGAAAAAGUCUAUCGUGAAUGGGAAUAUCAUGAUAAUCUAUGCUGCUGUAAUAACGCAUAUUAUACUGCUCUGACGGAUAUUCGACUUCUUACUCGAUAUGAAGAAAAUAUUUGUAGCGAAAAUUGUUCAGAACCUUCACAUACAGAUUCGGCUAUUUUCUUACGUGAUAUUGAUCAAAUGCGUGAAUGUCGUGGUGAACAACCAACUUUUUUCUUUCUUCUUUGGAUAACAUUAAUAUGUGCAUGGCCUUGUUAUGUUAUACGUCGUGUUUUUUGUCCAAAACCAAAAUCUUUGGAAAUUUUCGGUUCAUUUGGUUCUGAAAUAGUACGAGUUAAAAGAGAAGAUAUGCCAGUAGCUCAAGUUGAUUUAUCAACAGCAGUUAUUAAUAGCAAAUUAGUUGGUCGAUCUUAA